AUGUCCCUCCAAGCACAAAAGAGACUCACUCGUGAGUACAAAAACAUCCAAAAAAACCCUCCUCCAUACAUCACCGCCAAACCAAAUGAAGAUAAUAUCUUAGAAUGGCAUUACGUUAUUACUGGUCCUCCAGAUACCUGCUACGUGGGAGGCCAAUACCACGGAACCUUGACUUUCCAAAAAGAUUAUCCUUUCAAACCCCCUGCCAUCAGAAUGAUCACUCCUAGUGGAAGAUUCGAGCCUAACACCAGACUCUGUCUUUCGAUGUCCGACUUUCAUCCGGAUACUUGGAAUCCUGCGUGGAGUGUCGCCACUAUCUUGACUGGGUUAUUGAGUUUCAUGACUUCUGAAGAACCAACCACUGGGUCAAUUAGGACCUCGGUAGAAAUGAAAAAAAAAUUGGCAAAAGUCAGUAAAAAAUGGAAUAAUGCUAGUCGCUCUUUUAUAAAGAAUUUCCCGGAACUAAUCGCCGAGAAUGAAAGAUCUAUCAAACAAGAAGCCCUUAUCGAACAAAAAAAAAGUAGUAUAUUAAAGCAAGAUAAUCCAAAGGAUAUGGUGGCUGAUAUCAAUAAAAUCCAAGACGUCGAAGAGAGAUUGAGAGCAGCCGCAUUAAAUGACGAUCAACAGGAGUUAGAGAGUAAGCACAGUAUAUGGAUGUAUUCCUUCUUAUUGGUGAUAAUACUUGCUAUUGGUGCAAAGCUUCUGAAGGUACAAUGA